UCGGCACCUCUGACCUCCUGCUCAUCAUCGACGGGAACUACCUCGCGAAUCGUUCGUUCUUUGGGUACGGCAGUGGCCGCGGUUUGUCGACGUCCAGCGGCAUACCAACAACCGUUACGUACGGCGUCAUGCGGGUUCUGCAAGCUGCCCUGCGGAGCAUCCAGCCUACAUAUCUAGCGGUGGUGUUCGAUGCGAGGGGGCCCACGUUCAGGUCUGUAAUUUCAUUACUUGACCCUCGCGGACUAGCGGCGGCGGCGGCGGCGACGUCAGCGGCAAGGCCGGCGUCAGCGGCGGCGGCGGCUGCGGGCGAGCUUGUACGGCAAGGCAAGCUUGACUGGCAGGAGCUUGCUUCCCGGCUUCUGCACCUGGAGCCGGUGCUGGCGGACAUGCACGCCGCGGCGGCAGCGGAGGCCGCUGCCACGCCAGUGUCGUACCUGCACCACAGCGGCUCUUUCCUGCCGCCGUCAGCGGCGGCAGCGCCGCCGUCGCCGCCAUCAUCCGGACUGGCUGCAUCCGGCACCGCCGAAGGGCAGCUGCUGUCACAGCUGACGUGGCUGGCUAGGGGCGAGGGUGUACGGCAGGGUACGGCAGAGGAGAUGUUGGAGGUGUUGUUGGCGUCACUGGGGCCUGAGCUGGCGGAGGCGACGGGUUUGGCGACGGCAUUCGACACCGCCGCAGCCGCAGCCGCCGCACUGGCGCCGUCGUACAAAGCGGGCCGGACAUCGAAGGGCGAAGUGUUUUACGCCGAUCUUAGUAAUUUACAGCGGCUCUUGGGCCUUAUGUCGGUGCCGCCCUUGCUGAGGCCCUGGCUGGAGGCCGACGACUUGGCGGGGCUGCUCGUCGAGCAAGCCGUACAACACGGCAUGGCUGUACGAAUCCUCAGCGGCGACAGAGACCUCAUGCAGCUGCUUCGGGAAGCUGAUGUGGUUUCGGCGCUGGGCGUGCCUCCAGCCCUUGUGGCGGAUUAUAAGGCCCUCGUAGGCGACGCCUCUGACUGCCUGCCGGGGGUCAACGGCAUAGGGCCCAAGACGGCGGUUAGCCUACUUGCGUCGUACGGCAACCUGGCGGGUAUAUACCGUGCCGUCGGCGAGAUGACCCCCAAGCGACGAGCGGCGCUGCAGUCCGCACUCCCCGCCUCCCAAUACACCCUCACCUUGGCACGGGUACUCGGCACACCCGGGGCACCUGCGCUGCCGGCUGGGGUGCUUUCCGAAGAGUUAUUGCAGGCCCGGCUAAAGCUGAACGGUUACGACAAUGAUGCCGUACAAAAGGCAGUUUUGGAGCUAGAGAUGCGGAGCUUGGCGCUCGGCGUGGUGUCGGGAGGGGCUCUUUGGGAGGGGCUUGGUGGGGCCCGCCGGCAGCAGCUGUAG